GCUUUCGCCGCACCGUACUGCGAAGGUCGGUCAGUGGAAAAUUUGUCAGUCCGGCACUUUCCACCUCUGCGCUUCGUGCCUCGCUUUCUGGCGGAAGGUUUGGUGGGUCGGGGAAUCGGUGAGGAAACCGAUCCGUGACGGAAAAGCACCUUUGUGUUCCCAUACGUACGCGGGUCCGUGUAGUGCGCCAGGUUACGUUGCCCAGUGAGUGGCAUUGGCCAACGGUUGGGAUUUGUAAGUUUGUGGCCGGAAAAUGGAAAACGGAAACGGAGUAAAAGUGACAUAAUUUUGCAUCGUUUUAGAGAGGGUGUUACGAUCCGGUGCAUAUUGCAGCUGGUACGACUAGUGGUGCAACAGUGUCAAGGAUUCGUUUUCGAGGUCUUUUGGUGCGAGUGUACGGAUAAAGUAUCCUUCGCUCCUUGAAGUCACUGUGUGUGUGUCUUUGUGUCCUUGUGUGUGCGCUCAUAAUUACGAUCACGUGAAUGUGUUUAGUGAGUGAAGUUGUUCGCAGCGGAGCAUAAGUUGCCCUAGCAAACCUAGCGAAUCCUGCCUGGAGUGCGCUUUGCUGCAUUCAUUACACAUAAACGAAGUGAAUCAGGAAAAGUAUCACAAGUUUAACAACUACUACAAACCACUAAACUAAACUGUUCAACAACUGAAAAAGGAGGGCGCACCGGCAUACAGCAGCAUGCCUGAAAAGGUGAAGGAAAAAAGCGGUGCCAUAGACACCGGUGGCGGUGGUGGAGGAGUGGGCGAUACCACGAACGACACGGACGCGGAAAAGGAAAUGCUCCUGUCGACGGCCGAAUCUUCGGCCUACUCGGCACAGGAGGUCGCUGCCCGGCUACGGGUCGACGUUCGCACGGGCCUGCGAUGGUCGGAGGCGAACAGUCGGUCCAAGAUCGUCGGCUACAAUGAACUGAACGCACUGGACGACGAGCCGCCCUGGAUGAAGUAUGUGCAGCAGUUUAAAAACCCACUGAUCCUUCUACUGCUAGGUUCCGCUCUCGUGAGUGCCUGUAUGCGACAGUUUGAUGAUGCGAUCAGUAUUACCAUUGCGAUCAUUAUCGUCGUUACGGUGGCGUUCAUCCAAGAGUAUCGUUCGGAGAAGAGCCUGGAGGAGCUUAAAAAGCUCGUCCCACCGGAAUGUCACUGCUUGCGAGAAGGACGAUUAGAAACGUUUCUGGCCAGAAAUCUCGUACCGGGCGAUAUCGUGUACCUCAACGUAGGCGAUCGCGUUCCGGCCGACAUACGAAUCUUCGAGGCGUUCGAUCUGUCGAUCGACGAGUCAAGCUUUACCGGCGAAACGGAACCGGCGCGCAAAAGCGUCGAGGUGGUGCUGAACGCCAACAACACCAAGAAUCAUGCCAGCAUGAAGAACAUCGCCUUUAUGGGCACGCUAGUUAGGUGUGGUAAUGGAAAGGGUAUCGUAGUUAGCACGGCCGAAAACAGCGAGUUCGGCGAGGUCUUUAAAAUGAUGCAAGCCGAGGAAGCGCCGAAAACGCCGAUGCAAAAAUCGAUGGACAUUCUCGGCGCCCAGCUAAGCUUCUACUCCUUCUGCAUUAUCGGCGCCAUUAUGCUGCUCGGCUGGAUACAGGCCAAACCGCUGGUCGAGAUGUUCACCAUCAGCGUCAGCUUGGCCGUGGCCGCCAUCCCGGAAGGUCUCCCGAUCGUAGUGACCGUCACGCUAGCCCUCGGAGUCAUGCGUAUGGCGAAACGACACUGUAUCGUAAAGAAACUCCCGACCGUCGAGACGCUCGGCUGCGUAACCGUCAUCUGCUCGGACAAAACCGGUACGAUCACCAAGAACGAAAUGACCGUCACCGUCAUCAUAACUUCCGACGGUUAUAUGGCUGACGUGACGGGCGCCGGAUAUAACGACAACGGUGAAAUACACAUCCGCGACUGUAACAGCAUGGACAACGCGAAGGCCAGCAUUAACCAGCUGCUAGAGGCGGGCGUCGUCUGCAACAAUGCGAUCAUCCAAAACGAUACGCUGCUCGGCCAACCGACCGAAGGUGCCCUACUGGCUGCGGCGAUGAAGAACGGUCAAUAUUCGGCCGCCGACAACUACCUGCGCAUUCAGGAGUACCCGUUCAGCUCGGAACAGAAGAUGAUGGCGGUGAAGGCGGUGCCAAAGUACGCCAACACGAAGGAGGAGCUGUUCUUCGUGAAGGGUGCGAUCGAGAUGGUGUUGCCCCAGUGCACCAAGUUCUGGUACGGUGGGCAGGCGAUCGCUUUGAACAAACAGAACGAGGCAGAAUUCUUGCAGGAAGCGUACGAAAUCGGACGGAAGGGUUUGCGCGUGCUAGCCAUUGCCCGCGGCACAUCGCUACAGGAUCUUGUGUAUCUUGGGCUGGUGGGAAUCACCGAUCCACCAAGACCGCUGGUACGCGAAUCGAUCGAAAUGCUGCGCUCGAGCGGUGUGCUGGUGAAGAUGGUUACGGGAGACUCGCAGGAAACGGCCAUGGCAAUCGCGUCUAAGAUCGGACUAGACAUCGUGCACAUGCAGGCAAUGUCCGGACACGACAUCGACCAGAUGAACGAGAUGCAGCUGGAAAAGAUCAUCAACACGGUGAGCGUGUUUUACCGCGUCACCCCCAAACACAAGCUAGCGAUCGUGAAGGCACUCCAACAGAACGGCCACAUCGUGGGCAUGACGGGCGACGGAGUUAACGAUGGUGUUGCGCUAAAGCGGGCCGACAUUGGUAUUGCCAUGGGCAAGAACGGUACCGACGUGUGUAAGGAAGCGGCCGACAUGAUCCUGGUGGAUGACGAUUUCCAUACGAUCAUUGCCGCAAUCGAGGAAGGCAAAGGCAUCUUCUGGAACAUUCGCAACUUUGUGCGCUUUCAGCUAAGCACAUCGAUUGCGGCCCUCUCGCUGAUCGCACUGUCCACGCUGAUGGGCAUCUCGAAUCCGCUAAAUGCGAUGCAAAUUCUGUGGAUUAACAUCAUCAUGGAUGGACCACCGGCCCAAUCGCUCGGCGUCGAACCGGUCGAUCAGGACGUGCUGAAGCAGAAGCCACGCAACGUGAAGCAACCGAUGAUCUCGAAAUCGCUCAUCAUCAACGUACUGCUGUCGGCCGGCAUUAUCAUCCUCGGUACGCUGUGGGUGUUCCAGCGCGAAAUGGCGGACGGGACGGGUGUAACGAGCCGUGACACGACCAUGACGUUUACCUGCUUCGUCCUGUUCGAUAUGUGGAACGCGCUCAGCUGUCGAUCGCAGACGAAGAGUGUGUUUCAGAUCGGACUCUUCACGAAUCGUAUGUUCCUGUUGGCGGUCGGUUUCUCGCUGCUCGGCCAACUGCUCGUCAUCUACUUCCCACCGCUGCAGAUGGUCUUCCAAACGGAAGCCCUGUCGGCGAUGGAUCUGCUCUUUCUCGUGUCGCUCACGUCGAGUGUGUUCAUCGUGUCCGAGCUGAAGAAGUGGUUCGAGCGCACCAUGGAACGACGAAUGUACCGCAAGCGUACCGAGCUCGACUUUGUAUGACAAACAGCUCCCAAAGAUGCUGGAAGAUUGCACAAGGACUAAAGUAAAGAAAACAAAAACUAUUUACCGACCGAGAGGGCGCAUCCGAGAAGCGAAAUGGGCGGAAUUGUCGGUUGCGAUUGCGGCUGCUACUACCAACUUCAAACCACGCUACUACCACCGACGACGGACGGACGAACGGCGACGAUGAGGACGUCAACCGAACCAACAGUAAAUCAACCGGGAACCAACGACGAGUGACGAUCGACGAUCAAACUUCGGGUUUUGAAAGUGGGCUUGUGAACGUGGAGUGCGUUUGUUUUUGGACAGUUUUAUUUCGACUCCUUUUGGAACAAACUAUUGCACCUACCUACACCACUACUACUAUUGUUGUAAACGAAACACUAUUUAACUAAACAACCAACCAACCAACCAACCAAUCAUGCCAUAAGCCGACAAGCACUGGAUCCUUCAAAUGAGGAUCGUACCAGCAGAGAAAGGAAAACGGCCAAGAGUCUCAAACGAUCCAAAAAAAAUGGAGCGGAUUUUUGUUUAAUAGUGCUCAACAACCAUAAGAAAAGCUAUUAACACUAUGCAGACACGGGAACAAAGUGGUACCAGAAUUGUGUGGCUCGCGGUUGGACACCAGCUGGAGAGAGAAUAACAGACAAUGGCUAGGCGUAAAUUGAUUUCUGUAACACGCUGUUCUCUUCUAUUUGUGCUUCCCAGAUAUUUUUGAACUCGUCCCAAGAUUGUUGGACGAUUUCCCAACCCAAGUUCGAAUCUGUCUCACGGGUAACUGACACUUUCCCAAAUAUUUCUGAACCGUUCGUUUGCGCGUAUCUUUGCGCCUUUGGACUAGAUUCAAAAAUACAUGUGAAAAAACGUCGAAAACCCAAAUUCGAAAAGAGAUGGGAAAUUGUCAAUAAGCUAUGGGACGGAUUCAAACACAUCUGAGAAACAGUUUAAAAAAAACGUUAUAAAAACACAACAAAGGGACGCAAAGUUAUUUAGUGCACCGCUUAUACUUCGUUUUUUUUUGUAAACUUUUACCCCUCCUUUGUUUUACUACUUUCCCGUUUUAUGUGCAAAGCUCUGCGAUAGCUUCAGUUAAAUUAGUUAGCUAUUUCUAUGGAAGCAAAACACACAAAGGAAACCAAUUAGCUGAUUCAUGCUCAAACUCAACACAAUCUCGCUGUAUUUUAUAGUGACUGUUUUAGUGCCUUUCUGUUACUAGCUUACUAGCUUUCGGAAGAGAGAGGGGGAAGCUUUCUCCGUUUUAGUGACCCAACUUGGACGCUCCAUCAAUAUGCAACGGGCGGUAUGCCUUUGAUUUCUCUUCAUCUUAGAGUAAUGGAUUAGUUUCCUGUUUUUAUUAUUAUAAAUACAUUGUACAAGGAACCGAAGAGCGAGUGAGAAGAAUAUAAGAACGAGUUGUACAGCUAGGGCUUAUCAUUCUUCCUUCAAACUAUUCAGUUAAGUAUUACUAAGAGAGGAAAAGGCCUAGGUACGGUACUGGUGUAGUAGCCUAAGUAUUUAAAACGAUAAGGUUCAGUUCAGUAAAAAAAAUAGAGUAAAGAGGCAAGCUGUGAGGGGAGUCAACAGCAAUCGCCUGCAGCUAAAACAGACGGGCAGACGCUGACACCGGACGCGCCUGAAGGCUGUGCAUUCAGUGACUAUAACAAAAGGGUACUACAUAAAGAAGCAGAAGAAGUUGAAGAAGAUGAAGAAGCAUGAGAUAAAACAAAAACUGUAAGUUGUAACCAUUUUGAUUUUAUUUGUGUUUUUUUUUCCUUUUUUAUUUAUUUUUAAAUGCUUAUUUCAUAUGUUUUAAGCUUUUUAUCGCUUUUCUCAUAUUAUAUAUGAUUUAUUAUAUAUUUUAUUUUAUUAUUAUCAUACUUUUCUGUCAAUCUUUGUUUCUACCUGCUACUUGUACAUGCGCGAAUCGUUCGGUAUGUAAUCGUUUAAGUAAUCUUGUGAUAUAACGGUAACCACCUUACACAUCGUCACUACUGAUUUAUCUAACUUGGGCGCGGAAUGUGAUGGCAGGUGUGUGAACGGAGGGGACGCAACCAAAACCCCUUACGACCACCACCAUUAGCUAUGUCGGUGUGCGCUCUUGUAACCUUUCUCGUGUAAUCUAUGUGUGACAAUCGCCAGACGGAAUGUGAACCAGCGGGGAGGGUCGUGGUGUAGAAGAGAUCCGGUUCCGGGGUAAGGUACAAACCCGAACCGGCUAUUUGUGCUUCUGCUUUUGUCGCAUUUUUUCCCGCCUAAGUACCGGGACUCUCCAGAACGUCUGCCAGUGGAAGCUUUUGGAAAGAGAAAGCUGUGGACCCCUGUCAAUAAAUGUGGGUCGGUAGCAAAUAUCCCAAUGUCAUUACGAGCUGUUGUUGCAAAUAUUUCCUAUUUUAUUAGCAUUAUUUUUCAGCCUAUGCAGCCUUUUAACCCUAUCCGGCACACUAUGGUCCCCGAUAUGAAUUGAAACUUACGCCUAUGUUUCGACUAUCCACAAAAUCCUCACUACAAAAACUAAACUAAACGCUUUAAAAAUUAAAAAAAUCCAACCGAAAACUCAAGCUGGCCACUUACUAACAAACAAGGAGCAGGAAAAUUAAGAAGAAGAAAAAUAAAACAUAUGAAGUUGAUCGAAAAAGUCGGAAGUCUUCUAAAAGGGGGACGGGACGGAUCUGUAAAACAAGGAAGAGUAAAGUAAAGGAUGAGGUGUGUAGCCACCGAAAACCAAACCAAACAAAACCAACCAAAAACCUCGAUCGGCGCAGAAUCAACAAGAACAACCAGGUUGAACCAAGCGAACAACAGUCUUUUGCGGAAACAAUACAAAGUUGAAUGUGCAAUAUCUUCUAGCAUGAAAUGGGAGCAUGAAGGGAAGGUGAAAAGUGAAACAUGAAGUAAAAAUGAACCACGAACAACACAAGAAGGAGGAAAGAAGGAAACCAGGGAGCAUGGUUAAAUCAACACAAUAAAGCGCGUGCGUUAAACAUGCCCUCGUGGAUCUAUAAAACGAGACGCAGGAAAGGAAGCAAUGAUAGCAUUUGAAAAACGAUAUGAAACCAUCAAAGGCAGCAGCACACUCAUUAAGUCGUGCACCAUUCACGCCUGUUCGCAGGAUUUUCCUUUUUGCCUAAUGGGAAAGCAAAACCAUCAUCAUCAUCAUCAUCAAAUGAACGCUAAUGAACGCUUACCCAACUACACACAUUGCUUGCUGAAUGCUACAGAGUGUGUAGCGUCCCAUCUCGUAGGGGAAAAAAAAGAUAGAACUAAAGGCCGGAACUAGAGAACGGAACCAUCAUGCAAAUCAAUGCACCCCAUUAGUGUGCCCAUCAUCAUCAUCACCACCACCAACACCAACGCAACUAGCACAUCAUACCAUCAUCAUUCACGCACGCACUAGAGCAGGCGCACCUGACGAUCGAUUUCGAAUUUGGCUUUGGACAUUGCGGAGGCAUCAAAAAGGGACGAGAGACUUAGAUAGCAGUUGUUUUCAUAAUUGGUGAGAAUUUUCUUUCUUCAAACGACUUCCUCCCAUCACUAUACACAUCACAGGCGGCACGAUCACAGAACCAAACACGUGAAGCUCACACAUUAUAAGUAUGCGAACGAAACCGAUCGUACUCAUCACUCAUGACAUAUCAUACACAACGGUACCAAACGACACACCCCUAGCACAAACACAAAUUUUCAUCUUACGGAGAACCGCUUGAGCAGCACUGUUGUCACAUUUAGAUUAGUUUCACCUGGGCGAAAAUGUGUAGUAUGAGCAACGCGGAGGAACAGUAACGUGGAACGCGUUCCGUGUCUCUACUUGGAUUUUAAUGCCGCACGUGACUGUAUAACCAACUCACCAAGCAAAUAGCUGAGUCUUAAGAUGAGCACUAAAGGAUUUUUUGUAUCUAAGAUUGUUCUAGAACCUUUGGAAAACAGUUUUCUUAAAGGCUGCCCUUAUUAUUUAGCUAGGUAAUUAUGAGUUUCUGGUUUAAUGGGUGAAUUAGAACUUGCCCUCUGAACCCCUAUUUUGUUUGGAUUGAUUCCAACCAUUUUUCUGAGGUCUCGUACAGGCGCGAUACAGUUGUUGGCGAAAAAAAUCUAAAGUGAUACAUAGCCCAAGUUUUAUAAAACUCACAGUACACGAUGCACUUCCAGUCCCACCAAACACUAAGCAUUAUCUUGCUGGUGGUUAAUCCUGAGUCCAGCGAGAUUCUUCGAACUCUGAAUACAUUUUUUUCUGUGUGUAAUUCUCCAAUUUUCUUUCACGACCCAAUAUUUUAUCGGCUUUUUUGGUCACAGAUCGUCUGGACCGUUACAACCGACCGAUCAUUUUCAAUAGUAAAUAUAGUCAAGCAUGGAGGCGUGAGAACAACUCCUAUCUUCUUUGAGGAAGUGAAAGAGCAUCACGUAUUGCUGCUCUUCAGAUGUCUCACUCAAGAACCAAAAGAGGCAACACCUAUGGUUCCAUGGAAUGGUCCGCUGAUUGUUUCAUACACCUAUUUUCCCAUGUCAAAUCAGUAUAACAUCGAUUUUAAAAUAUGGGAACUACUUUCUUGAUGACCUUUUAUUCCUCUUAUAAUACAAAAACAUGCACAGAUUUGUAGAGACCCAUGCAGAAGAGACCACUAUAAAGGUUUCGGUGAGUAGGAUAAGUCACGAAAGCGGCACCGGAACAACCAAAAGUCACUAAUUUGUCGUCUAAAAAUUCGGAAAAUAAACUAUUUAGUAGUCUCCCCUUUUUGUUCACCUCCUGAGUUUAAUUCUCCUGUCCAAAAACCCAUCUUCUUCACCAAACAUCCUAAUAAUCAGUAUUGCAUUCCGUUUUCAUUACCAUGUAAGGCUCAUGCUCAUUAAAACCGAUCAAACUAACGAUAGCGAUUAUUUAAUAACCAGCUUACCUUACUUUUGUGAGCGAAUAAAGCAAGCAUGGUAACCCCUUACCAAAAAGAUAAUUGGAAACAUUUGAAAAACUAACAAAUAAACACAGCACGAAAAUUAUCAAACCAAUGGGCAUAAAACUAAACACACGCGUGCGUGCGGUAAUAGCAGUAAGAUAGUAACGUUAAACGCAUAACCUUUAGCGAAGAGAGAUUAAAAGGCCAAGCGAGCUGAGCAGUGCAGAACAACCCCCCCAAUCAAUGAAAUGGAAGGUACAUAACACUAUUUAACAUGAAGCUAACAAUCAUGCAUAUUUAUCGAAUGUAAGCAACACUAUUUAUGGGCUAGCCGGGCGGAGGUUUGCUCCGGAAAUUUUCCGACCAUACGUCGGAACAAACAUAAACUAUGAACUUACAUGUAUGGAAUGGAUAUUUAAUGAGCAGGCAGCAAAGGUGGCCGAUUGCAGCAGAAUUAAUUUAUAUUUAAAAAAGGAAAGAAGGUAGCAUAAAUUACAACUCAACUUGGUUUUCUCAAUCCCCAGCAACGACCGGGGGACAUUUGAAUUGAACGCAUUCAUCGUUUGCGUGCUGUGUAUUUAAGAAAUGAUUAAUUUUGUAAGGACGUGAAAUAAACUCGUGAAAUCACUUAACCACAAUAACAUUAAGCUAACGACACGUGCGCCGUUGUAAGCAGUGGCGGUAAUAAUUUAAAUGGAAAACCAACGGUUUUAAGACACAAUAACGGUUUUUUUCUUUGGUUUUGCGUGGAACCGAUCAUGCACGGUUGCUGAAACUUGAUACAAUAUUUAUCGGUAAGCACCGGUUGUAUUGCCGGACAUUAAACAAAAAACAAACAAACAGCAAAAGAAACACACACACACACACACACUCACAUAAACAAAAACCUAGUUCGUGUUACGCUUAAAUGUUUAAAUGCGACGUCUUGUGAAAAAAAAAACAAUGGAAUAA